AUGAUAGAGUUGUUGAAAGAAUUCAAAGAUUGUUUCGCUUGGGAUUACGAUGAGAUGCCUGGUUUGAGUCGAGACUUGGUAGAAUUACAACUACCAAUCAAAGAGGACAGAAAGCCAGUAAAGCAACUGCCCAGGAGAUUCCACCCAGACGUUCUAGCAAAGAUCAAGGAGGAAAUCGAAAGAUUGUUGCAGUGUAAGUUCAUCAGAGCGGCCAAAUAUGUUGAAUGGCUAGCCAAUGUAGUCCCAGUAAUCAAGAAGAAUUGUAAGAUGAGGGUCUGCAUAGAUUUCCGAGAUCUGAACGCUGCAACACCCAAGGAUGAAUAUCACAUGCCCAUAGCCAAAAUGAUGGUAGAUUCAGCAGCAGGCCAUGAAUACUUAAGUCUUUUAGAUGGAUAUUCUGGCUACAACCAGAUUUUUAUUGCCAAGGAGGAUGUGUCGAAAACAGCAGUUUACAUUGAUGACAUAGUGGUCAAGUCCCCCUCUAGGGAUGAACACUUGUCACACUUAAGGAAGUCAUUCGAAAAAAUGAGGAUACAUGGCCUAAAAAUGAACCCUCUUAAAUGUGCAUUUGGUGUGAUUGCAGGUGACUUUUUGGGUUUUGUGGUGCACAAGAAAGGCAUCGAAAUCAACAAGAACAAGGCCAAAGUCAUUCUCGACACAAGUCCACCAACUAGCAAGAAGCAGCUGCAGUCGCUUUUGGGCAAAGUCAAUUUCCUCAGAAGGUUUAUUGCUAACCUUAGUGAUAAAAAUAAGUUGUUCUCAUCCCUUCUUCGACUAAAGAGGGAAGACAUUUUUCGCUGGGAAGCAGAGCACCAAAAAGCAUUCGAUGAAUUAAAAACUUAUUUGGCAAACCCUCCUGUGAUGAUUCCUCCUAUAAAAGGGAAGCCAAUGAGGUUAUAUAUUUCAGCUACGGAUGAAACCAUUGGCAGCAUGUUGGCACAAGAAGACGAAGAUGGCAUCGAAAGAGCCAUAUUUUAUUUAAGUCGUGUGUUAAACGAUGCUGAAACCCGAUACACUAUGAUCGAGAAACUGUCAUUAACCGAAUAUUCACUCACUUAUGCCCCUUUAAAGGCAAUUAAGGGGCAAGCAGUAGCUGAUUUCCUGGCAGAUCACACUUUGCCUGAAGAGAUAGCUUAUGUAGGAUUACAACCGUGGAAGUUGUUUUUCGACGGCUCAAGCCAUAAGGAAGGAUCAGGAAUUGGUAUGUUCAUAGUGUCUCCGCAAGGCAUCCCAACUAAAUUCAUGUUUCGGAUUCGAGAAAGUUGCUCCAAUAACGAAGCUGAAUAUGAGGCUUUAGUCUCAGGCCUCGAAAUAUUGUUGGCCUUGGGGGCAAAGAACGUCGAAGUUAAAGGCGACUCGGAAUUGGUUGUAAAGCAACUUACUAAGGAAUAUAAAUGCGUAAGUGAAAAUUUGGCGAAAUACUACGUAAAGGCCAUGAGUUUCCUGGCCAAUUUCGACCAAGCAGGAAUUAGCUACAUACCUAGGGUAAGCAAUCAAGAAGCUAAUGAGUUAGCAAAAAUUGCUUCUGGGUACAUGAUAGAUAAACUAAAAUUGAAAGAGUUAAUUAGGAUCAAGGAAAAAUUGAGUCCUUUGGAUCUUGACGUUAUGGCUAUCGAUAACCUUACCCCCAAUGAUUGGAGAAAGCCAAUAGUCGAAUACUUGCAGAACCCUGUAGGGUCAACUAACAGAAAAGUCAUGUAUAGGGCUCUAAGUUAUACCAUCAUAGACAAUGAAUUGUUCAAAAAGAAUGUCGACGACACGUUGUUGAAAUGCUUAAGCGAGGACGACGCAUUCAUAGCUAUUGCAUCGAAUACGCAAGAGGCUGUCAAGAUUGUCAGAAACAUUCAGGAAUCCAACAUGUGCCAGCUAGCGAAUCCAACAUUCAAGCCAUGGCCCUUUAGGGGAUGGGCAAUAGAUUUAAUUGGCGAGAUUCACCCAGCCUCAUCAAGGCAGCACAGGUAUAUCAUUGUAGCAAUUGACUAUUUCACUAAAUGGGUCGAAGCCAUUCCACUACAGAGUGUGACGCAAGAAACAGUGAUCGAAUUCAUACAGAAUCACAUUGUGUAUCGUUUUGGAUUGCCGGAGUCACUCACAACGGACCAAGGCACAGUGUUCGUAGGACGCAAAGUGGCAGACUUUGCAGAAUCCUGGGGCAUCAAGCUUCUAACCUCGACCCCCUACUAUGCUCAGGAAUUCACCAAGGGAAGCGACAGGAACAACACCUUUUCGAAUGGCUUAUGGCCAAGAAGUCGUGCUACCCGCAGAAACGAAUUAGUAAAUCUCGACGAAGAAAGGAUCUUGGCGCUAGAUGUCUUAACGAGGCAAAAGGAUCGCAUAGCUAAAGCAUACAACAAGAAGGUUAGAAAUCGAUCUUUUGUCACAGGAGACUACGUAUGGAAGGUUAUUCUCCCAAUGGAUAAGAAAGAUAGGGCCUACGGAAAAUGGGCCCCCAAUUGGGAAGGGUCAUUUAAAGUCGAGAAAGCGCUAUCUAAUAAUGCCUACAUGAUUAAAGAAUUAAGCAAUCAACGUCAAUGCGUUAUGAUAAAUGGCAAGUACCUAAAAGCAUAUAAGCCAAUGUUGCAUGAAAUCAAAAUCGAAUAA